UCGACCAUCAACACCAUCGACCAUCAGAGUAGGCUAAACGUGGUAGCAGGAGACAGAACCGUAGCGGAAGUAGAGUACGAGAGGGAGACUCAGCAUUGACUGCUGCCGCUGGUUCUUCCCAUCGGCCCCAAGUUUCAGUUUGGUACGAGAUUCGAAAGCAUCCUCUGUUUCGUUUUGUUAUAGACAAUUCUUCGUAUGAUAAGUUGAUUUUGAUGAAUGAAAAUAAGUUCUAUGACAGAAACUGGACAUGAUUUUGUGAUGAGUGAUCUUUAAUUGAAAUAACAGAGACAUUGAAAGCAUCUUAAAGAUGGAUUACGUCUUCAGACAUCGUAGAUUCUCCUUACCUAAGAGAACUAGUGAGCUGAUAGCACUUCUAGCUGUAUCGACAACUCUUUUCCUCUUUUUACACACAAGAGAUUUGAAUUCUCGAUUGAAAGAAAUGGAGGUGCGUUUACAACCUGAAGAUGUUUUGUCUAGUAAUCAAUUGAUCUCUAGUAACAGUGGCCCAGAUGAAGCGCCAGGAAUCAGAGCGAUGAUGAAAUUGCUCCAGAGUACUGGUGAGGAUUUUGAACACUGUGUGUUAUCUGGAGACAGAGAAUGUCGUUACAUCCGAGGCGAAAUCAGAGAAGGCAUAGGCGACCACAGAAGACAAUCCAUGUUCUUCUGUGGACAUCACAUGGACUGUCUACCUUUCAACACUGAAGGGGCUUUGGAAAGAUGCCAAAGAGCAGAAGAAAACUAUACAGUCGUUGGUGUUUUUAAAGAGAUGAACACUACAUUAACUGUCUUGGAAAAUUAUAUUCCUCGAUUUUUUGAGGGAGCGUCAGAUGUAUAUUGGAAUGAAAUAAGUAGAUACAACCCUAUCAACAAGAAUAACUUCAAGCCGCCUGUAAGUGAAGAAGUGAAAGAAAUUGUAAGGAGGAACUUCACCAAAGAAAUAGACUUUUACGAAUUCUGCAAACAGAGACUCCAUAAACAGUAUCUGGCACUAAAAUUAGAUAAAUCAUAGUCAACUUAUAUUUCGAAUCGUUUAUUUAUACUGAUAGAUUCUUGUGUUUGUUGAUGUUUUGUUUGUCAGUAGAUAUUGUUGUUGGUAGAUUUAUGUUACUCUAUAUUUGCAAAAUUCCAUAUCAGUAUUGUAUUUACUGUUUUUCUGGUAAAACAUGCUUUUAUUUAUUGUAAAUUAUGCUUGACUGAAAAAUUGUCUCUAUUAAUAUGUUUGUAAAUAUUACAUUUGAACUAGAAUUUAAUGUAUUACAAAGGAGGGGGGGUUUAUUCUUCUUGAAAUUAAAAUUUCUAUAAAACGUACCAAAUUUAGGAACUUGUCAAGGUUUUUAAAAUAUGGACAAAAUCUUGUUCUAGAUAUAAUUCUAUAUAAUAAUUUCUUGUCAAUAUUUUAUGUCAACCAUUUCAUGAAUAAAUUAUAGUUGUCUCUCUGUUGCAUAAAAUCAUUAAAUAUAUUUUUAUUAGAUAAAGGUGCCUCAAGAAUAUUAUAAUGAAUAUUUAUGUGUUUAUAGUAUCAUAUGGUUUAGUGUUAUUUUUGAUUUAUAUUUAAAAGUGUUGUUAUAAAAUCAUUUUCCAUUUAAUUUUAAUUUUUCGUCUCAUUAGAAUUAUUGUAAUAACACUUAAAAUAUUGUGAUUUUAUUUUGGUAAACUGUAAAUAUAUGUUUAAAUAUAGUAUAGUUAAUAAUAGGAUUUCUAUGCUUGUUUUAUACAUCA